CUCAACAGCAUCCUCAGAAUAGUAGUGUUGGACAAAAGAAGGCAAUAAAGUUUCGUCAGAUCGAUCGGUUCUCUUAACCUUAGCUUUUCGACCAUCAGCAGCGAAAUGGACUCACCGUGGCGACUUGGACAGUACAGUCUAUCCUCAGCAUGCGAGGUUGCCCCGCCGAUAUCUCUGGACCACAAUCGAUUUGCAAGCGAGAGCUCAGAAGUGAUCAAGUUCACCCAGCUCCUCGCCUCCUUCCCGUAUGAUCCGGAAACCUGGCUUAACCGUGGAAACUGUCUUCGCCUUCUCGGUUACCCAGAGCUUGCUCUCGGUGACGUCUACAAAGCGCGUCUUCUAGUCGAGGCCGGCAUUGAAAAAACUUCCAGCGUCCUUGGGAACGAAGUGCGCAAAGCAUUCCGCAAGAAGAUCUAUGAACUUCACACCACCGACCCUGCAUGGAUGAAAUGGGUCCACACUGUUUCUACGCCGGAGCUGCUCUCUCAAAAGGUCCAGGAGAUGUUAAAGAGGUUGGAGCUGCAGAUCUGGACUGAACUCAUGGAGGGACUCAUGGCCGCGAAUUGCUGUGGCGACUAUGCGCGCAUGAGCCGCGAAGCGGUGGAGAAGUUCCCGGAUGAUGAGUUCUUCCCAAGUGAGGUGUCGAAUGCGGAUGCUUGGUAUGCCCAGCGGGAGGAAGUGUUGAAGACGGCAGUGGCGGAGGGGCAUAUGAAUGAGGAUCAGAUGACAACUACGUUGAUGAAUGGGGGUGUAUACCCCACUCCUUAUCCAUUCAUGGCAGAAGAGUUCUUAGUCAGAGAUGAGGUUGUUUUCAAGGGAAUCGAAGAAGACUUCAGAAGAGUUUCGACGAAUUGUAUGGUGGUUCGGAGUACGAUUCGAAACACAUCGGCUGGGGAAGGGAGCGAGGCAACGACCGAAGAUGAUUGCAUUGGUGCGAUUGCGAGGAGGGAUAUCACUGCUGGCGAAACUAUCUUGAUCGACACGAUGUCUUCUGGUUCCGUGGGUAUCGACGCUGACCCUGCCGGCUGUCCGACUUGUUGCGCAAGUCCCGUCAAGAACUUCUGGAAUACUUGCUGUUCGGUUCUUUACUGCUCACAAGUUUGUGCCGAUGUUGCUAUCGAGACAUUCCAUAGCCCAAUCUGCGGAAAAGAUUUCGGUUACCUCUAUACCGCUGCGAGAAAAGCGACUACAACAACUGACUUCGCACUUGAUGCUCUGUUGUUGAUGAGAGUCCUAGCGAUUAGUCAGGUAGAGGAUACAGACCACCCGUUGAAAAGCAAAAUCCUUGUGAGACUCACACCGGCCUACGGAUUUAAGGAGCCAAAUCUGAUAAUCUUCAACUUCGAAGACCACAUUCAGAUGCCGAUCUCAAUCCUCCAGACUUUCGGCAUCAACAUCUUCACCAACCCUUUGUAUGAUACAUGGGUUCUGCACACUAUCAAAUGCAGGUUACAAAAUAACAAGCACGGCCAAACUCUCGGAGACUGGCCCGGGACUAGUAUCAGCGGGCUGUACAGCAUGCUGAAUCAUAGCUGUAGUCCCAAUGUGGAUUGGAGGCAUGACUCAGCUAGCAGCGAGGUCACUAUGUUUGCGACGAGAGACUGCAAGCAAGGAGAAGAGUUAUGCAUCAGCUACAUUGGCUCUCAUGGGGUUAGUAUGACUGUUGUUGAGAGGAGAAAAAAACUGAUGGGAUGGUUCGGCAUGGCUUGCAGGUGUAAGAAAUGCACAGAAGAGGCUGCUGCUCAGGAAGAUGCGCGAAAUGCUCUUGCGAGGAGCGUUCAAACUAUCAGUCCUUGAUUGCAACACAACAAUUCUAUCCCACCUCGCGGUGGACAAGAACGAAAGCCCUCUUCAAUGACCCAGGUCAAUGCGAGACAUUUGGUUAGACUGAGAGUAUGUUGGCAUUUGAGAUUUUAGAUUUCUGAAAGACACAUCGUGGGUAGAUUUUGAAUGUAGGACCUUUUGAGUUUAUGGGGGUCUAAAAUUGCCCUGAUCGACUUGGG